AUGGGCGACGUGGGCUUGAACUCUGACCCCUGCUCCUGCCCGUCCUCCCCUCUGUCCCGCUCUGGUGUCUCCCCUCCCUCGCUGGAGCCCUCCUCCUCCUCCUCCACCCUCCCCUUCAGAGACGGAGUCAUGCUCUUCAUGCUGUCUGUGAGCGCGGAGCAGCUACAGAGGUUCAAGGAGCUUCUGGCGGAGGAGGACCCCAGCCCCGGCUGCACCCCGCUCACCUGGGGCCAGCUGAAGUCAGCUCGCUGCGGCGAGGUGGUCCAUCUGCUGACCGAGUACUUCCCAGGACGACGCGCCUGGGAGGUGGCUCGUGACAUCUUCACCAAGAUGAACCAGACAGAGCUGUGUCUUCAGAUGCAGAGGGAGCUGAACGAAAUGUUACCUAACUUGGAACCGGAGGCCUCGAGCCUGAGAAGGAGGGUGCUGACUUUGGAGGAAGAUGAGUCUGAUAAAAUUCGGGAGUACAAGGCACGUGUGAUGAGUGAGCACUCCACCCUGUGCGACAGGACAUGUUGGCCUGGGAACAACGUGGACUUCUUUUACCAAGAGCCCUGCAGAGAAGAGACUCUCCUGCAGUGCCUUCUUCUCCCCAGAAAGCCCCAAGGAAGACAGCCCAGGACCGUGGUCCUGCAGGGAGACGCCGGUGUCGGGAAAACCACCGUGGCCAAAACACUGAUGCUGCAAUGGGCGCAGGACAUGUUCUAUGCCCACAAGGGCUGGCUCGCUUUCUACCUCCACUGCCAGGAGCUGGACCGGCCGGAGGAGCAGAGCUUCUCCGAGCUGAUCGCCCACAAGUUGUCCGGGUCUCCGGCUCUCGCAUCUAGGAUCCUCUCCCACCCGGAGCACCUCCUCCUCCUGCUGGACGGCUUCGAGGAGCUAACCUUGACCCUCAUAGACAGACCGGAGGACCUGAGUGAAGACUGGGGCCAGAAAAUGCCAGGCUCCGUCCUCCUGACCAGUCUGUUGAGCAAAAGGAUGCUCCCUGACGCCACGCUCAUCAUCUUCCUGAGGUCCAGCUUGUGGAAGACCGUGAGCCCCUUUUUGAAAGGCCCCUCUCUGAUCCCCCUGACGGGCUUCAGCGCGCCUGAGAGAUCCAUGUAUUUCAGGUCGUACUUCAAAAACAGGCACGAUGCUGACGCAGCCUUGAGUUUCGCCACGGGCAACGCGGUCCUUUUCUCCAUGUGCCGAGUCCCCGUCACCUGCUGGCUGGUCUGCUCCUGUCUGAAGCGGCAGAUGGAGAGAGGAAGCGGCCUGCCGCGGGCGUUCCCCAACGCCACGGCCGUGUUCGCCCACUACCUCUCCAGCCUGUUGCCAACCAGGGUGAGGCACGUCGUCGGCGAGACCCACCAGGAGCAAUUGAAACGUCUGUGCUCCUUGGCUGCAGAAGGCAUGUGGAAGAACCAGUGGGUGUUCGGUGAGACAGACCUCAGCCUGGCCAGACUGGACGAAAGGGACGUCGAGGCGUUUCUCGGGGUGAGGGUCCUCCGCAGGGCGGUGGCUGGCGGGGACCUUGUCGCCUUCACCCACCCGAGCUUCCAGGAGUUCUUUGCCGCCCUGCUCUUCGUCCUCUGCUUCCCGCAGAGGCUCAGGAAUUUCCAGGCGUUGGACCGCUUCCGCGUCUUACAGCUGCUCGCUCAUCCCGAGAGAAGGAGAAACCACCUGGCCGGGAUGGCGCUCUUCCUGUUUGGCCUGCUGAAUGACACGUGCGCCCUGGCCGUGGAGCAGCUGUUUGGGUGCAAGGUGUCCCUGGGUAACAGGAGGAAGCUGCUGAAGGUUGCCACCAUGCCGCCCGACGGUGACCUCCCGACCCCAAAGCACGGGCUCCCCCAGCUUCUCUACUGUCUGCACGAGAUCCGGGAGGAGGCCUUCGUGGGUCAGAUUCUCCACGACCACCGGAAGUCGAGGCUGGCCAUCAGCGAGGUCAAAGACCUGCAGGUCUCCGCCUUCUGCCUCAAGUUCUGCCCACGGCUGCAGGAGCUAGAACUGGCCGUCGCCUGGGCCGUCGCCAAAGCGACCAGCCUCUCGCCAGGCCGGCUUCCUUCCCCCCGACCAGAAGGCAGUGACAGGAGUUCCCUCUGGUGGCAAGACUUCUGCUCUGUGUUUAAGACACACGAGAGUUUGGAAGUUCUGACUGUGAAAGACAGCGCGAUGGACACGGAGGCCGUGGAGAUUCUUGCCGCAGCCCUGAGGCAUCCACACUGCAACCUCCGAAAACUCAUCUUUAAGCGUGUGGGCCCCCUCGUGGUGAGUGAAGGCAUCAUCAGCGUUUUGGUGAAGAACCAGUACCUGAGGCACUUGGAAAUCCGAGACACGGAAAUGGGCCCCCGAGUGACGGAUGCUCUCUGCAACACCCUGAGGCACCCGAGGUGCUUCCUGCAGUGUCUCAGGCUGAUCACCCCUUGGCCGGCUCACAAGCCGCCGUUUGAACACCUGAGACCAGCUCUGUCAGCCACGUCCGUGCACACGGCCGUCGAGUUAAGCACGGUCAGCACCCUGGACCAGAGCCCCCGCUCUGUCCGAUGGCUCUUCGUCCUGAAGGUGGUGUGGCGGAUAAGCCUGGAAAGAAGGCUGGAAGGUUGCCCGUUCAACCCCACCAACGGGGCUGACCUCACCAGGAGUCUCAAGAGGAACAUCCAUCUGAAGACCCUGAUGCUGAGACGCGGCUCCCUGGAGAGGGGCAAGGAGUGUCCCCCCGUGGUGGCGCGCCAGCUGGAGAGGCUGUCGCUGGAGAGCUGUGACCUCACGCCGCUUUCCUGCGGAAGUCUUGCCUUUUCUCUCGUGAGUAACCAGAGUCUGACCCACCUGAGCCUAGCAGAAAACGCCUUGCAGGAUGACGGGGUGAAGCAGCUCUGGAAUGUCUUAAGACACUUUCCGUCUCCUCUGCAGAGGCUGGUGCUGAGGAGUUGCGCCCUGACCUCCGAGUGCUGUCAAGAUAUAGCAUCUGCUCUUGAUAAAAAUAAAAACCUGAGAAGUCUGGACCUUGGCUGUAACAGCCUGAGGGACAACGGCGUGGUCCUGCUGUGUCAGCCCCUGUUGAACCCUGACUCUGGCCUCCAGGUUCUCGAGCUGGAGGAGUGCCAGUUCACCUCCGUCUGCUGCCCGGCCCUGACCUCCGUGCUCCUCCACAACCGGACCCUGCGGCACCUGGACCUCAGCGGAAACAGCGUCGGGCUCCGGGGCGCCAAGCUCCUGCAGGACGCCGCCCUGAAGAGGGUGCUCCGCCCGGAGGUCGUCCUGUACGUCCCCGCCGCUUCCGGUGCGGCAGCCACAGCCCUGGGAGGGAAGGCGCCUCGUCGGGAGGGCGACCCUGGGCCCGAGAUGCUGCUGGUGGAGGCGGCCACAUCCUGCACGCCUUUCCUGGGGGUCUACAGUUCCCUCAUGGGCAAGAAGAGACAAAGCCGUGGCGUGGACAUGAUGAGGAGGCUGGAGGGCCCGGCGGUGAACAAGGACGUCCUGCAGGUGGUUCAGGACUGGAAGGAUGAGCUCUGUGAUCAGGCCGCAGGGACGGUUUGA